AGAGCCUGACGUGGGGCUCGAACUCACGGACUGUGAGAUCAUGACCCAAGCCGAAGUCGGCCGCUUAACCGACUGAGCCACCCAGGCGCCUCUGUGGGCAGCUUUUAAGCAAAGCUUGUUCUCAGGGCACCAUCUUGACCAAGAACCUACGUUCAGGGCAUACUCUAAUAAUGCAACCAGGACUCAUCAACUGGAUCCCAAAUCAGUACUUUCCAAAAGAGACUCACCUGGGAACUGGACCCAAAUAUAAAUAUGGUGAAGAGAGAGAGAGAGAAAGAAAAGGAACAGUACCCCAGCAUCCCGGUCAGCAGGCUCAUCUAUGACUCACCUGUAGACAAAGAGAAAAUAAAUAUGGACUUUAGGCACCAAAAAGUCUGGUGACUGUGUGCUCAAAGUAAGAAAAGAAGACCCCUCCCCCCCCAAUCCAGCUUUUGGAUUGUUUUUAAAAGGACAUGAAACCCAGGCUUGGGUCACAUGCACUGUUGGAAAAGUCCUUCCCUACUGGAUUGUGCCAUGUGACCCUGAGGUCCCUUUCUCACUCUUGUUCUCCCUUGGCCACAGCUGGUUAUAGCUGAGGCAGGGGGUCACCCGGGGCAGUAAAGCAGACUGGCUGAGAUGAAGAUGCAGGGAUCCAUGCUGCCUUCUCACCAUGCACUUCCCCUCCAAGGACAGCCUGCUGCACUGGAGCUGCUCCAGAUCCUCAACACAACUGGCUUGAAGGCACAGAGCAGGGAAGGAAAGGUGGGUGGCAUGACCAGCAAGGGGGACGGAUGCUAUGUGGCCCCACCAUUCAAGCACAUUGUUCCCAAUAGUCUGACCAGGCAGGACCCUUUUUCGGGGGUGUGUCUGGGCAGCAGUGUAUUUUUCUCCUGCACAUUCUUGGGAGGUCUUCCAAGGGAAGGGAUGCAGCUGGGCAUGCUCCUGUCAGAGAGGAUGGUCAGUUUAAUCAUAGAGAACCCCUUAUCCUGCAGGCCCUAGAUUUUCUUUCUCUUGGUGUCGGCCUUGCUGGCCUACCAUGUGUUUCUGGCCUGCAGAAACAUCCCACUGGAGUCAGCAUCCAUGUGGGGGUCCCAGAGCAUCUUAAACCUUUCUGUAGUUGGUAGGGAUGACCAUGGAAUGGCUCCAGGAAAAGGCUGUCAUUCCUGCAUCUAGUUCCAGACUCCUAAGAGUGAUCCCAAGGCUCAGGCAGGCCUGACUCUGAGACUCCUAGGCAACUAUGAGUUUGGGAAGUGGCCAUGUUGUUUCUUUGUAAAGGUCACUUUAUGAAUUAUGUGGUUGUCUGAGCUCUUAGAUUAAUCUGCCUUGCCAUGCUGAUUGGAUUUCAGAUACUAAAGCUCAUUCUUUCAGAGCUUUGUCCCUGUAAUAAGACACACCUCUCUGCUUUGGGAACACUGUAAAUUAUGGCAUAGCUGUAGGGCUUGGUUUGGCAGGUUGGACAUAAGGAUCAUCUGUAGGUUUUCUGCAGAAAACCCCACCUGCUCCAUGAUUGUACCAGGACAAGUAGCUGAAGAUCACUCAGGAAAGUCAUGUGAGUUUUCUCUCAGCCAAGAUGAGUUGACACCAUUAUUCUGGAGCCCCUAUGGAAGGCCUGUGAGAGAGGUCACCUUGGGAUAGGCCGAAGGAUAACAGAUAGCCUCUCCAUCAGGAGGAGUUGGCCCUCUGACUCCUGGGAGGCAGCCUGUCUUGUAUUCUCAGGGUGCUAUGGAUGGAGCCUGUAAAUGUAAGAUUAGGAACUGGAUGCAAGGCCAGGUAGCCCAGACCAGUGCCCAGUGCGGUGCCAGAACUCUCUGUUCCCUUUCCACAUGUCCACUCUAUCUCUGAGGGCUGAGCCUUGCGCAGUCCAAGCUUGCCAGCUAAAAGCUCUGUUACUGUUUUUAUUGCACAGGCCUGGAGCCUCUGCAGUGGGGUUGAGCACAGCUUCCAGGGCCUCAUUUCUUCAGCCUGAAAUCAUAAACCACUCACUGCUUUUGCCGUCAUUCCCUGGAGGUACCAUCCAGCUCUCCCUUCAAGUAACGAAGUCUUGGAGCUCGCCGGCACCUGCUGUGUCCGGGGUGCGCUGCAUCUAGCUGGUGAGUCCUUUCUGCUGUUUGCUGGCCGGUGCCGAUGCUAGCUUUUAGAAUGGCACAGGGAGCUGUCAAAAACUGAGCCCUGCCUCUGUCCGCUUGGGUGACUAUGAGCAGUUCAACUAGCCUCUCAGCACCUUAGUUACCCCAUAUGAAAACUGGGGAUAAUAACAGUGGCUGCCUCAAAGGUCAUGGUGACGCUGAAGUGAAGCUAUAGCUGUGGUGCACUUAGCCUGGUUAAUCGUAAACACUUGGCAAGUGACUGUGGAGGUUGCCAUUGUCAUUGUGUAUGAGUUGCAUCAGGGUCAUCCUGGACCCUCCUCCUGGAGCAAAGAGGCCAGUGGUUUGUGGCCGGAGGUUUCGCCACAUAGCUCCUUCCAGGCUGAAGGGGUGCUGGGUGGGGUGGCAGGAGUCCUGGGUUCUCACCCAGGCUCCACUCGCUCUCUGUUUUAGAUAGGGUUCCUGUGGCUCUUCAUCCAUAGGCAGGGUAGCCCCUGGAUCUCCGUCCCUCUUUAGGAAAUGCUCAGGUAGGAAUUUCUCUUUAGGAAUGAUCAGGGGUGGAUCCUGGACCAGUUCCCAAGAGCCUGUAGGGAAGCUGGAGGCAGACAGGUACUUUGAGCAGAGAGGGAGCAGGAGAGCUGCACCCCGGGAUGUGUCAGCUGGAUUAGGGAGAAAAAGGGGGCUUCGCCCAGGUGGUGGGCAGUUUCCUUCCUGGCGCUGGAGUUGAGAAAGAUCCAGAGGCCAAACCAAGUUUUGCUGAGCAGGGUCAUUUUUUUCAGGACAGUCCUUUAGUCUCCAUUGGUGGGUUUGUGAAUCUUGCCUAAACCAGAACCGCCAUCUCCAUCAGACACCCCAAGUCAUAGUUGGAAAUUUCCCCCAUCAUCGUAGGACAUUCAACUGUGAUAGGUACCUUGCCACGGGGCUCGUGUGCUAGACACACCCGGGCCUGGCAGUGGCAGACUAUCUUGUAGUCUGCAGCCCAGAGCAAAUGGCCUCUCAGUCCCUGUCCUGCCCUCUGCUCUGGAAGAAGCUUAGUUUCCAGUAGGGAAUCAAGUGUGAGGCAUGCAGUGCAGAUUUGGGGUUUGUUGACUGACCGAAUGAUGGUACUGUGUGGGCUGCUUCAUGUUUAUUGGGUUUGGUUAGAUUUGGACCAGUCAGAGGGAGAGGCAAAAGGUGACACUGUGGAAUGAUUUGUGGGGGCCCCUGCUAAUGGGUGCUCUGGUUGGGAUAUUAAGAACUGUGAGUCAGGCAUCAGGUUUAUUCUUGGUUUUGUGGCCAGUCCUACCAAGGGGAGAUGCCCUGCGAGAGUCAGGCCCUGGCAGAUGGCCCGGUUCCUACUUGUACUUCAUUUUGGCCUUUGAGCUUCCUGGGAUGCUUGUUUGAGCAGGAAGGUGCUACAGGUUGGGGCUUCUGAGCAGAAGGGGGUUGUCCCUGCCUGCCUGGCCCCAGGGCUAGGGGACUUUGGGCUGAUCAGUUCCUCACCCUGGUGUGAAGUCCGGGGCUGAGUUUAAUGGCUGAGAAGACCCCUGUGGUGGAGUGCUAGAGAUAACUCUGCAGUCAGGCUUCCGGGUAUCAAAUCCAGGUUCCACCUCGUCCUAACUGUGGCCUCCAGCAACCACUGUGCCUGAGUUUCCUCAUCUGUCAAAUAUUUACCUCUUGGAGAUGUGAGAAUGAAGUGAGCACAUGUGAGGUGUUAGAAUGGUACCCACCCUUGCACAGUACAUGCUCAAGCACGUCAGUUACUUUCGUUCUUACUAGCCUCCUGUGCCUUUUAAUGGUAGCAGGCUCCACAUAGUAUGAACAUAAUAAGACAUUCUCUUCCGAAAGCGCAGAUGAGUGUUGGUGUUUAUGCUUCUGAAGUUUCUCAUGGCUUCCUACCAUCCACACAAUAAAGUCCAAAUCCUGUUCCUUGACGUUCAAGAACAACAGCCAUCUGGUUCUGCCCUGCUGCCUGUCCUCCAGGCCCACUGGCUUCCUCUUCACCAGCUACUUUGGGAUCCCAAUCCUCUCCCCUGGCCCCAGAUCAACCCUCCUCUCCUUCUAGGCCCAGAUCCUCUGUCACCUUCUCCAUGAAGCCUUCUUCAGGACCCUGGCCCCUCCUGUGAUACCCUGCCCCAGCCAGUGCCUGGUUACUGUCUCAGAUGGGGCCGAGUCCUCUCCGUGCCCCCAGCACAGGCCUGGGUACCCAGUAGGAUUCAGUAGAUGGCUGUUGAGUGAUGGGAUGAACAAAUGGGUGAGCGGUUGGAAGGAAGAUUCCCUGUGGCCAGGAACACUUCCUGCUGCAGGGUUUCCAUCUGAGGGAUAACCCAGAGAAAGACUUGAGCCCCCCUGAGAGGAACAGCAGGCAGGAUGGAAAACGGGCCGGCAGUCAGCUGUCUGUCUUCUUCGCAGGGUGCAGAGUGGUGAGGCUGCCUCAUUUAUUUUUCCCCCAAGGACCUGGGCAUCAGAUAAUAGCUGGUCUAUUGCCGAGGCCCAGCUGUGUGCUCUGAGUGUUCACUGCCUGAACUUGCACUUGAAAAUGCAGGUUGGGAGCAGCUUCCCAUUUCUUGACUGGCUAUUUUUUGGAAUCCAACCACUGCUGGAACAUGAAUCUCACUAACUUUCUUUGGAAAUGGGAACAAGAAGGGUCUAUAUCUGAUCUCUUUCAUGUCCCCGACAGUGACCACAGCUUUAUUUCAUAGAGAGGGGGAUCAGGCAAGUGCCCUGCUCAGGAAGAGGUCUUAGGAUGUGGGGGAGAUAAGGCAGUGCCAGAUAGAAAUUGCUAGACUGCAUAAUGGAUGGUGCUAAUAGGGCCACAAAGGAUGAUGGACAACCAACUGGGCCACUCUGGAUGGGGAGGGAGCACGGCCAGUGCAGAGCCUGGGGGUGUGGAGGAGGCAGCAUUAGUGUUGGACCCCAAAGGGAGGUGGCCUCUGAAAAGUGAUAGGAUUUGGGCAUGAAGAGGAGAAGGAAAAUGCCCCCCAAGUGGAGACACUGCAGAGGCAAAGGCCUCUGAGAUGUGGAACAGCCCUGGGUACCAGGGAGUGGGGAUGCCCUGCUGGAUGGAGGGAGGAGUGGGACAGAAGGUUAGGAAGGGGGUGGAAGACACUAUCAAAACAAGUUCACGGCCAUAUAUGCUAGUGCUAGCUGCCAGCUGAACACCACAUGUUCAGGCCUGGAAGGCCUGCGCCAGCCUCUAAUCUCUUAAAGUUUAAAAAUUCAGGGAUGCUUGAAAUUUCACAAAAAUGACAAAAAAAGUGCAAAAAGUCCCCACCAACUCAAUAGUUGCAGCUGCCAGGUCGAAGAGCAAAAGCAGGCAAGCACGUGGCUGAUGACAGGGACACGUGGCACAAGAAGGCCUGUGCAGCAUGGAGUGUGAGCAUGUCAGUCUCUGCCGCUCACCCUGUUCACAGAGACACAGCCUGUUCUGCUCUUUGAGGCUGAGCCAUUCCCAUCACCGAGUCCCUCCCUCAAUGCCCAGCCGUUGACAGCCACUCCCAUUGUUUCUUUUAUUCUGAUCUUGGAGGGAGGCAGAGCAGUACUUAUGAUCCCACUUUGCAGAUGAGGCAACUGAGGCCCAGAGAGGAGAGCAAUCCAUUCAUGUCUUUCAGAGCCUUAUGGCUUCAAGCUGGGGAAUACAUCCACCCUUGAGCCCAAUGCCCAUGGGGUUGCUAGGCCUGCUCACCCCUGGGGCCUCUGAGGUAGAAGGUAUAGCACCCUUAGAAGCUUUAGUUCUGGGGGGCUAGGGCCAGCAGCUGUUGGAUCUCUGGGGUGUCCUGCUUCACAGGGGCUUUUGCAAGGAGGGCAGAUGGGGGCUAGAGUUGUGGAGUCCUCAAGCUGGGCACACACCUGAUCUUGGUGGCUGCCUGCAGGCUGCCUCUCAGGCCACAACGGAUCUGACAAGGAUGAAGAAAUGGGGGAGCUCAGACUCAGGGGAGUCUGAGGAGCCACCCCAAGAGGACUCCUGCUCAGACCCCUUGGAUGGAGACCCUAACUCCAGGCCAGCUCCAGCCAAACCCCACAUCUUCCCCACGGCCAAGAGCCGCAGUCGGCUUUUUGGGAAAUGCGACUCGGAGGAAGCUUCUCCUAUGGACUGCUCUUACGAGGAAGGCCAGCUAGCCUCCUGCCCAGCCAUCACCGUCAGCCCUGUUGUCAUCAUCCAGAAGCAUGAGGAUGGCCCCACCUGUGACAGGCAGUCUUCCCAGGACUCUGCUCCUGCUGGGUCUGAGAAGAACCUCAAGCUGUAUGAUCGCAGGAAGAUCUUUGAAGCCGUCGCUCAGAAUAACUGUGAGGAGCUGCAGAGUCUGCUGCUCUUCCUGCAGAAGAGCCAGAAGCACCUCAUGGACAGCGAGUUCAAAGACCCAGAGACCGGGAAGACCUGUCUGCUGAAAGCCAUGCUCAACCUGCACGAUGGGCAGAAUGAUACCAUUCCCCUGCUCCUGGAGAUUGCCCGGCAGACGGACAGCCUGAAGGAGUUUGUCAACGCCAGUUACACAGACAGCUACUACAAGGGCCAGACGGCCCUGCACAUUGCCAUUGAGAGGCGGAACAUGGCACUAGUGACCCUCCUAGUGGAGAACGGGGCAGACGUCCAGGCUGCAGCCAACGGGGACUUCUUUAAGAAAACCAAAGGGCGGCCCGGCUUCUACUUUGGUGAGCUGCCCCUCUCCUUGGCUGCAUGUACCAACCAGCUGGGCAUCGUGAAGUUCCUGCUGCAGAACUCUUGGCAGCCAGCAGACAUCAGUGCCCGGGACUCGGUGGGCAACACAGUGCUGCAUGCGCUGGUGGAGGUGGCCGACAACACAGCCGACAACACUAAGUUUGUGACGAGCAUGUACAAUGAGAUUCUGAUCCUGGGGGCCAAGCUCCACCCUACACUGAAGCUGGAGGAGCUCACCAACAAGAAGGGGCUGACGCCACUGGCUCUGGCUGCCAGGAGUGGGAAGAUUGGGGUCUUGGCCUAUAUUCUUCAGAGGGAGAUCCAGGAGCCCGAGUGCAGGCACCUGUCCAGGAAGUUCACCGAGUGGGCCUAUGGGCCUGUGCACUCCUCACUCUACGACCUGUCCUGCGUCGACACUUGCGAGAAGAACUCGGUGCUAGAAGUGAUCGCCUACAGCAGCAGUGACACCCCCAAUCGCCACGACAUGCUUUUGGUGGAACCGCUGAACCGACUCCUGCAGGACAAGUGGGACAGAUUUGUCAAGCGCAUCUUCUACUUCAACUUCUUCGUCUACUGCUUGUAUAUGAUCAUCUUCACCACAGCAGCCUACUACAGGCCUGUGGAUGGCUUGCCUCCCUAUAAGCUGAAACACACUGUUGGGGACUAUUUCCGAGUCACUGGCGAGAUUCUUUCUGUAUCAGGAGGAGUCUACUUUUUUUUCCGAGGGAUUCAAUAUUUCCUGCAGAGGCGGCCAUCUCUGAAGACCUUGUUUGUGGACAGCUACAGUGAGAUGCUUUUCUUUGUGCAGUCACUGUUCAUGCUGGGGACCGUGGUGCUGUACUUCUGCCACCACAAGGAGUACGUGGCCUCCAUGGUGUUCUCCCUGGCCAUGGGCUGGACCAACAUGCUCUACUACACCCGCGGCUUCCAGCAGAUGGGCAUCUAUGCUGUUAUGAUUGAGAAGAUGAUCCUGAGAGACCUGUGUCGCUUCAUGUUUGUCUACCUUGUUUUCUUGUUCGGGUUUUCCACAGCGGUGGUGACACUGAUUGAGGAUGGGAAGAAUAAUUCUGUGCCGGCUGAGUCCACAUUGCACAGGUGGCGAGGGCCUGGCUGCCGGCCACCCGACAGCUCCUACAACAGCCUGUACUCCACGUGUCUGGAGCUCUUCAAGUUCACCAUUGGUAUGGGCGACCUGGAGUUCACCGAGAACUAUGACUUCAAGGCUGUCUUCAUCAUCUUGCUGCUGGCCUACGUGAUUCUCACCUACAUCCUCCUGCUCAACAUGCUCAUCGCCCUCAUGGGUGAGACCGUCAACAAGAUCGCGCAGGAGAGCAAAAACAUCUGGAAGCUACAGAGAGCCAUCACCAUCCUGGACACGGAGAAGAGCUUCCUUAAGUGUAUGAGGAAGGCCUUCCGCUCAGGCAAGCUGUUGCAAGUGGGGUACACACCUGAUGGCAAGGAUGACUACAGGUGGUGUUUCAGGGUGGAUGAGGUCAACUGGACCACCUGGAACACCAAUGUGGGCAUCAUCAAUGAAGACCCGGGCAACUGUGAGGGCAUCAAGCGCACCCUGAGCUUCUCUCUGCGCUCAGGCAGAGUUUCAGGAAGAAACUGGAAGAAUUUUGCCCUGGUUCCCCUCUUAAGAGACACAAGUACAAGAGAAAGGCACCCUGGCCAGCCGGAGGAGGUUCAUCUGAGGCACUUUGCAGGUUCCCUCAAGCCAGAAGAUGCUGAGGUCUUCAAGGAUCCUGCUGCUUUAGGGGAGAAAUGAGCGACCCCUACAGGGUCCUCUUAACACUAUUGGGCCUCAGGAUAUGCCACUGCUGCCAUACGGCACUCUCAGCAGCCUGGCCUGGUCUGUGCCUGCCUCGGCACUUUCCUCGCCUGCCCUGGACAAGCUGUGUGAAGCACUGUUGGAUGCCUGGGAAGAGAUAGCCAUCCAACCCUCACUGUCCCCAAGUGAGUCUCCUAAAAGGAAAGGAUUUUGCUCGCUCUCUCUCUUUUUUUUUUUUUUUAACAGACUUUGUUAAGUAUCAUGAAUGAUGUAUCUUUAUGUGGACGUAUGUGAUGCCCCUAUUUUAUUUUAUUUUCUAUCACUAGGACUAAAAGUGAAUGAGGCCCAGGAAAACACCUCUUAGAACAAAAGGUUAGAACACCUCUUAGAACAUGUCCUUCAAUGUAAAAUGCCAAAGCUGUUCUCUGUAUUGGGUUUAAUACCUUCCUUGAAGAAAGCGGUCUGGGGGUGAUGUCGUUUAUUCCUCAGAGAAGGUGGGGGAGGCUGGCCCUAUUCCCAGCUCUGGUGGAAUCAGGUUUUUCCAGAGUGACUUCCUCCUUCUGUGUGAUCCAUCACAGUUCCAAAAAUUUUAGCUCUAUUGCUGUUCAGAUGAAAGUAUGGAACCCUGUCUCAAAAGCAUGUGGCAAGAGUUUUUUAAUGAUCUUCUAUUUGUUGUGACCAUAGUCCUGCUCCCCUGCAGUGGUAUGUAUCUCCACCUCCAUCCAUCCUGUUGUCCAUCAAAUACAUAAGUAAGUAAGCAAGUAAAUAAAUAAAUAGGUAAAUAUCAUA